AUGCACAGUGACGAGGACCUGUCGGGCAAACAGAACCAAAACAUCUGGAUUCCUGGUGCAGGUGGUUUCUUCCUUUACCAAGAAGCCAGUAAUUUGGUUCCUUUGGCACUGAUUAAAUUGGAGAGCGUGGAAUUCAUUGUAUCUGGGCAAAUAUGCAUCGACUUCUGGUACCACAUGUGGGGAUCUGAGAUGCUAAAUGAACUGAAGGUGAUGGUUAAGAAAGAUCUGACAGAAAUAGAUGCCUGGAGAAAGAAUGGCAACCAGGGAAAUUCCUGGCUGUACGGAUCACGCACACUUCAAUUCCCGACAAACUCCAGCAUAAAGGUGACUUUCGAGGCUGUUCGUGGGAAGACUGAGAAUGGAGACACAGCGAUCGAUAACAUUGCGAUCCGAAGGGGAAGGUGCAACAAAGAAUCAUCCUGCAUUUUGCAAGGGGACCCUCACUACCUGACCUUUGAUCAGCAAACCCACAACUUUAUGGGAACGUGCACGUAUACUUUAUCCAAACUGUGCGAUGCCAACAGCAGUCUGCCUUACUUCAAUGUUGAAGCUGCCAACGAGCGGAGAUCCGGAAAUCCCCACGUGUCCUAUGUCAGACAUGUCAAUGUUGAUGUUUACAGUCACAGAAUCGUGCUGGGAAAGGAGCGCGUGGUAAAGGUGGAUGGGGAAGUGACAGUGUUGCCUGUGUGGGUCACCCCAGAUGUUCUCGUCGCUCGGACUGGGCAGUACGUGGUCCUCACCACCAGCUUUGGAUUGCGGGUGAAGUUCAAUGGCAAACAUCGGGCUGAGGUCACUCUCCCCAAUCUCUUCAUGGCCAAGGUGUGUGGAAUGUGUGGCAACUACAAUGAAGACAGAAAGGAUGAUUUUCUGAAUCCAGAUGGAAUAAUGGAGCCUGAUUCAGUCAGCUUGGGCAAUAGCUGGCAGACACAAAAUGACUCCAGAUGUGCUCCUGACAUCGGCAUCAGACCGAAUUGCUCCAUCGAUGAAAAGCGCGACAUAGAGAGUAAGGACUACUGUGGCAUAAUCCUGGAUGUGCACGGUCCUUUCAAAGGGUGCCAUUACAUAAUGAACCCAGAGGUUUACUUUGCUGACUGUGUGUACGACCUCUGUGCGUUAGGCAUGGAUCAGGAGUCUCUGUGCAGCAGUCUGGAGUCCUAUGGAGAUGCGUGCCAGUCAGAGGGGGCGAUAGUGGAAUCCUGGAGGAACGAGACCUUUUGCCCGCUGGAGUGUGGAGCCAACAGUCACUAUGAGCAGUGGGGCACGGCCUGUCCAGCAACUUGUGACGACCCACAUGCUCCAUCCAACUGCUUGGAGUCCAACGUGGAAGGAUGCCUGUGCGACAGUGGUUACGUUCUCUCCAAUGACAGUUGUGUGCCCGAACAUCUGUGUGGCUGCUGGCAUGAUGGCAAGCACUACCCUGUGGGCAAUGAGUUCUGGACCGAUGAUACCUGCUCAACUCAAUGCCGCUGCCCUUCUGCGGGCAGUGAGCUGGUGUGCUGGAGCUCGACCUGCCCUGACGAUUCACACUGCGGGAUUGCGGAUGGAGUGCCCGGUUGCUACCCACACACCUACGGUGUCUGUAGGGUCCACAAUGAUCCGCAUUAUAACACAUUUGACAAGGAGACCCUUCACUUCAUGGGUAGCUGUACCUACCUGCUGGCCAAGCUGUGUGUAAACUCCUCCUCACUUCCCUAUUUCAACAUCGAAGCGAAGAAUGAACAUCGCGGUAACGCUAAAGUGUCUUAUGUUCAGAAAGUUCUGGUAGCAGCUCAUGGUCACGAGGUGUGGAUUGUCAAGAGUGAACGCCAUCGCGUGCUGGUCGAUGAAGUGUGGACGACCCUCCCUGUCCGGCUGGCUGACGGUGCGGUGAGCGUGAGCAGGAGCGGCAGGUACGUGGUCCUGUCUACUGACUUUGGCCUGGACGUCUCCUACGACACUGACCACUCGGUGGAAGUGAAACUGCCCAGUACCUACUUUAACCAGACUUGCGGCAUGUGCGGUAACUACAACGGACUGAGGAAGGACGACCGCGCGAAACGUGACGGGGAGCAAGCCAGAGAUGACAACGAGCUGGGGAACAGCUGGAAGGUGUGGGCUGAUGAACCAGGUUGUGACCCGGGCGAGGCAGAGGGGUGCCCACCCGCUGACGAGGAGCGGUACAGCGGCGACGCUUUCUGCGGCCUGAUGACCAGUCAGCAGGGCCCGUUUGUGGACUGCCAUUCUGUCAUCAACCCCCAUGGCCUGUUCGAAAGCUGCGUGGUUGAAAUGUGCUUGUUGGAAGGACACCAAGAGGCGCUGUGCAAUUCCCUGCAAACCUACACCGAUGCCUGCAAGACUGUGGGAGUGAGCGUUCAACCCUGGAGGAACUCGACAUUCUGCCCUAUCAAGUGUGAACCCAACAGCCAUUACAACACGUGUGCCAGUGCAUGCCCGGCCACUUGCUCUGACCGUUUUGCUUCAGAAAACUGCAGCAAACCUUGCGUGGAGGACUGUGAGUGUAACCACGGCUUUGUCGUCAGUGGGAGCGUAUGUGUACCCGUCACCAACUGUGGCUGCACGCACAAGGGCAAGUACUACCAGAAAGGGGAAAUGUUCUGGGAAGAAGGAUGUCGGGAGAGGUGCCACUGUGCUGGCAACGAUCGAGUGGAGUGCGAGCCUGGAUUUUGUGGAGCGGGAGAGGUUUGCAAAGUUCAAGGCGGCAAUUUGGGAUGUCAAAAAGUGGACACCGCCAUCUGCCACGUGUACGGUGACCCACACUACACGACCUACGAUGGGAAGCUUUACCAUUACCAGGGUGCCUGCAAUUAUACCGUGACGGAGACCUGUGGGAAUACAUCUGUUCAAUUCUCUGUGACCAGUAGAAAUGAACACAGAGGUAGUCAAACGUGGUCGAUCCUUAACUCUGUCGCCUUGCAUCUGGAGAACCUCCACAUCGCAGUGCGGAAGCAUAAGCAUGUUUAUGUUGAUGGGGUGAAGAUUGAUCUCCCUGCGAUGCUGUGCCUCCACUGUGAGGUGGCACGAGGUCCUUCGUGGCAUGACUACCGGAGUGAUGUUGCUGUGGAUGACAUUUCCUUCCAUGCCGGAUGUUGUGGAGAGGGAUGUGGCACAACAGCUGCCACCACCACCACCUCCUCAAUGACAACCACCACUGCGAAGUCUGAUACCAUAGUUCGUGCCACUUGCAGUGCCUCAGGAGAUCCUCACUACAACACGUUUGACACGCGUGUUCAUCACUUCAUGGGAACGUGCACAUACGUGCUCUCUAAGCUGUGCAACAGAUAUUCAGGCCUCCCUUACUUUGAGGUGUCAGCCACAAAUGAGCAUAGAGGGGCCAACACCAAAGUGUCCUACAUUAAAUCCGUGCACGUGGCUGUACACAACAACACAGUUUCAAUCAUGAAAAAUCGUAAAGUCCUGCUGAAUGGAGAAAGGGUAAACCUGCCCGUGUCGAUCAAGGACCUUCUGGUGGUACGGAUAAGCGGUGGCUACGUUUUACUGGAGACUAACUUUGGCUUGUUGGUGAGGUUUGAUGGUCACCACCAUGUAGACGUGUCCGUGCCGUCCACAUAUUCUGGACUGCUUUGUGGUCUGUGUGGUAACUACAACGGUGACCCUAAUGAUGACAUUAUUAUGCCCAAUGGCAGUCUUGCAGCAGACUCUAAUAUGCUUGGAGAGAGUUGGCAAGUCGAUAACGGAGAAACUGAAUGUAAUCAUGGCGGGAGCGGCUUUCAAUGUGAUCCAGCUGAUAAGGAGAAUGCAGAAAAAGAUACUGCUUGUGGGAUGAUUACAGAUCCAACAGGAAUAUUUAAAGAAUGCCACGAGAAAGUUCCUCCCAAGAAUUACUUUGACAACUGUGUCUAUGAUGUGUGCGCUGAAGGAGGGCUGUCGACGUCACUUUGUUUAGCCCUGCAAACCUAUGCUGCCUUGUGCACACAAGCUGGAGUGUGUGUAGAAUGGAGAAACAACACGUUAUGCUCACCAACCUGUCCUAGUGGUAGCCACUAUGAGACUUGUGGUACAGGUUGUCCCACUACCUGCAUGGAGACAUCUGCACCUGACAGCUGUCCUCUACCAUCUGUUGAAGGAUGUUUCUGUGACCCUGGAUACACUCUUAGUGGAGACAUCUGUAUUCUGAACAGUCAGUGUGGCUGUGUGCACCACAACAAAUAUUAUCAGAGUUCUGAAAGCUGGUUCACAAAUGAGAACUGCACGGAGCACUGUACGUGCAUGGGCAACAACGUCACUCUCUGUAAAACCUCGGCGUGUGAACUGCAUGAAAUAUGUGAGAGAUGGGAUGGAGUUCUGGGCUGCCAGAUGGCAGGUUGUUUCUGGGAUUGUAACUUUGAUAGUAACCUGUGCCAAUGGUCGCAAUCCAAGAACGACAUGUUGGACUGGAGACGCAUCAGUGGGCCGACACCCUCGCUUACCACAGGACCCGACUUUGACCACACCACUGCAGGUGGUCACUACAUUUACUUGGAAGGCAACGAUGGCAAACCAGGGGACCGAGCCCAAUUGGUCAGCCCUCCAUGUGCAAACGGAGGGGCUUACUGCAUGCGAUUCUGGUACCACAUGUACGGAGCGGCCCGAACUAUGAUGUUGAACGUUUACCAGGUUGAACAUGGAAUCGCGUACCUGGAGUGGUCGAUGACUGGAAAUAAGGGCAACAGGUGGAUAGAGGGAGAACUAGACUUCUACCUCUCUCCAAAUUCACAGAUCCUCCUUGAAGCAGUUCGUGGCAAUGACUACCGGAGUGAUGUUGCUGUGGAUGACAUUUCCUUCCAUGCCGGAUGUUGUGGAGAGGGAUGUGGCACAACAGCUGCCACCACCACCACCUCCUCAAUGACAACCACCACUGCGAAGUCUGAUACCAUAGUUCGUGCCACUUGCAGUGCCUCAGGAGAUCCUCACUACAACACGUUUGACACGCGUGUUCAUCACUUCAUGGGAACGUGCACAUACGUGCUCUCUAAGCUGUGCAACAGAUAUUCAGGCCUCCCUUACUUUGAGGUGUCAGCCACAAAUGAGCAUAGAGGGGCCAACACCAAAGUGUCCUACAUUAAAUCCGUGCACGUGGCUGUACACAACAACACAGUUUCAAUCAUGAAAAAUCGUAAAGUCCUGCUGAAUGGAGAAAGGGUAAACCUGCCCGUGUCGAUCAAGGACCUUCUGGUGGUACGGAUAAGCGGUGGCUACGUUUUACUGGAGACUAACUUUGGCUUGUUGGUGAGGUUUGAUGGUCACCACCAUGUAGACGUGUCCGUGUCGUCCACAUAUUCUGGACUGCUUUGUGGUCUGUGUGGUAACUACAACGGUGACCCUAAUGAUGACAUUAUUAUGCCCAAUGGCAGUCUUGCAGCAGACUCUAAUAUGCUUGGAGAGAGUUGGCAAGUCGAUAACGGAGAAACUGAAUGUAAUCAUGGCGGGAGCGGCUUUCAAUGUGAUCCAGCUGAUAAGGAGAAUGCAGAAAAAGAUACUGCUUGUGGGAUGAUUACAGAUCCAACAGGAAUAUUUAAAGAAUGCCACGAGAAAGUUCCUCCCAAGAAUUACUUUGACAACUGUGUCUAUGAUGUGUGCGCUGAAGGAGGGCUGUCGACGUCACUUUGUUUAGCCCUGCAAACCUAUGCUGCCUUGUGCACACAAGCUGGAGUGUGUGUAGAAUGGAGAAACAACACGUUAUGCUCACCAACCUGUCCUAGUGGUAGCCACUAUGAGACUUGUGGUACAGGUUGUCCCACUACCUGCAUGGAGACAUCUGCACCUGACAGCUGUCCUCUACCAUCUGUUGAAGGAUGUUUCUGUGACCCUGGAUACACUCUUAGUGGAGACAUCUGUAUUCUGAACAGUCAGUGUGGCUGUGUGCACCACAACAAAUAUUAUCAGAGUUCUGAAAGCUGGUUCACAAAUGAGAACUGCACGGAGCGCUGUACGUGCAUGGGCAACAACGUCACUCUCUGUAAAACCUCGGCGUGUGAACUGCAUGAAAUAUGUGAGAGAUGGGAUGGAGUUCUGGGCUGCCAGAUGGCAGGUUGUUUCUGGGAUUGUAACUUUGAUAGUAACCUGUGCCAAUGGUCGCAAUCCAAGAACGACAUGUUGGACUGGAGACGCAUCAGUGGGCCGACACCCACGCCUAUCACAGGACCCGACUUUGACCACACCACUGCAGGUGGUCACUACAUUUACUUGGAAGGCAACGAUGGCAAACCAGGGGACCGAGCCCAAUUGGUCAGCCCUCCAUGUGCAAACGGAGGGGCUUACUGCAUGCGAUUCUGGUACCACAUGUACGGAGUGGCCCGAACUAUGAUGUUGAACGUUUACCAGGUUGAACAUGGAAUCGCGUACCUGGAGUGGUCGAUGACUGGAAAUAAGGGCAACAGGUGGAUAGAGGGAGAACUAUACUUCUACCUCUCUCCAAAUUCACAGAUCCUCCUUGAAGCAGUUCGUGGCAAUGACUACCGGAGUGAUGUUGCUGUGGAUGACAUUUCCUUCCAUGCCGGAUGUUGUGGAGAGGGAUGUGGCACAACAGCUGCCACCACCACCACCUCCUCAAUGACAACCACCACUGCGAAGUCUGAUACCAUAGUUCGUGCCACUUGCAGUGCCUCAGGAGAUCCUCACUACAACACGUUUGACACGCGUGUUCAUCACUUCAUGGGAACGUGCACAUACGUGCUCUCUAAGCUGUGCAACAGAUAUUCAGGCCUCCCUUACUUUGAGGUGUCAGCCACAAAUGAGCAUAGAGGGGCCAACACCAAAGUGUCCUACAUUAAAUCCGUGCACGUGGCUGUACACAACAACACAGUUUCAAUCAUGAAAAAUCGUAAAGUCCUGCUGAAUGGAGAAAGGGUAAACCUGCCCGUGUCGAUCAAGGACCUUCUGGUGGUACGGAUAAGCGGUGGCUACGUUUUACUGGAGACUAACUUUGGCUUGUUGGUGAGGUUUGAUGGUCACCACCAUGUAGACGUGUCCGUGCCGUCCACAUAUUCUGGACUGCUUUGUGGUCUGUGUGGUAACUACAACGGUGACCCUAAUGAUGACAUUAUUAUGCCCAAUGGCAGUCUUGCAGCAGACUCUAAUAUGCUUGGAGAGAGUUGGCAAGUCGAUAACGGAGAAACUGAAUGUAAUCAUGGCGGGAGCAGCUUUCAAUGUGAUCCAGCUGAUAAGGAGAAUGCAGAAAAAGAUACUGCUUGUGGGAUGAUUACAGAUCCAACAGGAAUAUUUAAAGAAUGCCACGAGAAAGUUCCUCCCAAGAAUUACUUUGACAACUGUGUCUAUGAUGUGUGCGCUGAAGGAGGGCUGUCGACGUCACUUUGUUUAGCCCUGCAAACCUAUGCUGCCUUGUGCACACAAGCUGGAGUGUGUGUAGAAUGGAGAAACAACACGUUAUGCUCACCAACCUGUCCUAGUGGUAGCCACUAUGAGACUUGUGGUACAGGUUGUCCCACUACCUGCAUGGAGACAUCUGCACCUGACAGCUGUCCUCUACCAUCUGUUGAAGGAUGUUUCUGUGACCCUGGAUACACUCUUAGUGGAGACAUCUGUAUUCUGAACAGUCAGUGUGGCUGUGUGCACCACAACAAAUAUUAUCAGAGUUCUGAAAGCUGGUUCACAAAUGAGAACUGCACGGAGCACUGUACGUGCAUGGGCAACAACGUCACUCUCUGUAAUACCUCGGCGUGUGAACUGCAUGAGAUAUGUGAGAGAUGGGAUGGAGUUCUGGGCUGCCAGAUGGCAGGUUGUUUCUGGGAUUGUAACUUUGAUAGUAACCUGUGCCAAUGGUCGCAAUCCAAGAACGACAUGUUGGACUGGAGACGCAUCAGUGGGCCGACACCCUCGCUUACCACAGGACCCGACUUUGACCACACCACUGCAGGUGGUCACUACAUUUACUUGGAAGGCAACGAUGGCAAACCAGGGGACCGAGCCCAAUUGGUCAGCCCUCCAUGUGCAAACGGAGGGGCUUACUGCAUGCGAUUCUGGUACCACAUGUACGGAGCGGCCCGAACUAUGAUGUUGAACGUUUACCAGGUUGAACAUGGAAUCCCGUACCUGGAGUGGUCGAUGACUGGAAAUAAGGGCAACAGGUGGAUAGAGGGAGAACUAGCCUUCUACCUCUCUCCAAAUUCACAGAUCCUCCUUGAAGCAGUUCGUGGCAAUGACUACCGGAGUGAUGUUGCUGUGGAUGACAUUUCCUUCCAUGCCGGAUGUUGUGGAGAGGGAUGUGGCACAACAGCUGCCACCACCACCACCUCCUCAAUGACAACCACCACUGCGAAGUCUGAUACCAUAGUUCGUGCCACUUGCAGUGCCUCAGGAGAUCCUCACUACAACACGUUUGACACGCGUGUUCAUCACUUCAUGGGAACGUGCACAUACGUGCUCUCUAAGCUGUGCAACAGAUAUUCAGGCCUCCCUUACUUUGAGGUGUCAGCCACAAAUGAGCAUAGAGGGGCCAACACCAAAGUGUCCUACAUUAAAUCCGUGCACGUGGCUGUACACAACAACACAGUUUCAAUCAUGAAAAAUCGUAAAGUCCUGCUGAAUGGAGAAAGGGUAAACCUGCCCGUGUCGAUCAAUGACCUUCUGGUGGUACGGAUAAGCGGUGGCUACGUUUUACUGGAGACUAACUUUGGCUUGUUGGUGAGGUUUGAUGGUCACCAGCAUGUAGACGUGUCCGUGUCGUCCACAUAUUCUGGACUGCUUUGUGGUCUGUGUGGUAACUACAACAGUGACCCUAAUGAUGACAUUAUUAUGCCCAAUGGCAGUCUUGCAGCAGACUCUAAUAUGCUUGGAGAGAGUUGGCAAGUCGAUAACGGAGAAACUGAGUGUAAUCAUGGCGGGAGCGGCUUUCAAUGUGAUCCAGCUGAUAAGGAGAAUGCAGAAAAAGAUACUGCUUGUGGGAUGAUUACAGAUCCAACAGGAAUAUUUAAAGAAUGCCACGAGAAAGUUCCUCCCAAGAAUUACUUUGACAACUGUGUCUAUGAUGUGUGCGCUGAGGGAGGGCUGUCGACGACACUUUGUUUAGCCCUGCAAACCUAUGCUGCCUUGUGCACACAAGCUGGAGUGUGUGUAGAAUGGAGAAACAACACGUUAUGCUCACCAACCUGUCCUAGUGGUAGCCACUAUGAGACUUGUGGUACAGGUUGUCCCACUACCUGCAUGGAGACAUCUGCACCUGACAGCUGUCCUCUACCAUCUGUUGAAGGAUGUUUCUGUGACCCUGGAUACACUCUUAGUGGAGACAUCUGUAUUAUGAACAGUCAGUGUGGCUGUGUGCACCACAACAAAUAUUAUCAGAGUUCUGAAAGCUGGUUCACAAAUGAGAACUGCACGGAGCGCUGUACGUGCAUGGGCAACAACGUCACUCUCUGUAAUACCUCGGCAUGUGAACUGCAUGAGAUAUGUGAGAGAUGGGAUGGAGUUCUGGGCUGCCAGAUGGCAGGAAGUGCAUCCUGCCACAUUGCUGGAGACACUCACUAUUAUACCUUUGAUAAGGUCAUGUACUCAUUCUCCAGCUCUUGUGUAUAUACUCUGGUGAAUUUGUGUGACACCAGCAAUGUACCUCCUCUCAGCAUCAACGUACUAAGUGAAGGACAACAACUUUCUUCAUCUUAUUUGAAAGAGAUCUACAUAGAUGUGUAUGGUAUUCGCAUUACACUCCAAAAAAACAGGAAGACCUUGCUGGACGGAGUAAGGGCUCGUUCACCAAUCCAGAGUCAUAUGAAAGGUAUAAAUAUUAAAACAAAUGGUAUCUACACUAUGGUUGAGACAGACUUUGGCAUGUCAGUGAAAUUUGAUGGCAAUCGCAAUUUGGAGAUCAGUUUGCCGAAAGCAUAUUAUGCAAAGGUGUGUGGCUUGUGUGGGGACUACAAUGGCCAGCAAAGUGACGAGUUCCGGAUGCCCAAUGGAAUAAUUGCAGAAAAUGCAGAUCAAUUUGGAAACAGUUGGAAAUCGGGGGAAUUUGGCACUCAGAGCUGCCUGCCUAGAACCCAACGACAAUUGGACUUCCUUUGCUCUCCAAGCGAGAAGGUGAUGAUUGAGGCCCAGUGCCAGGAGAUGCUGUCCAAUAAAUACAAGUCUUGCCAUUCCAUGGUGAACCCAGAUCUCUUCAUCGGGAACUGUGUGCAAGAUAUGUGCAAAUACAAUGGUCUACUGCCUGCGCUGUGUGAUAACAUUCAACAUUACGCUGAUGCUUGCAAGAAACAGGGAGCAGAACUUGUAUGGAGGAACAAUACUUUCUGUCCUCACUAUUGCCCACCAAAGAGCACCUAUGUGACCUGUGCUCCCGCCUGCCCUGCUACAUGCGACAGUAUACACGCAGCAUCCAACUGCCAAACGUCUGCGUGUGUGGAAGGAUGUGCGUGUGACGACGGCUUUGUGCAGAGCGAUGAGCGUUGUGUUCCAAUUAGUGAAUGCGGCUGCAAAGACACAAACAAUCAUUACCACCCUGUCGGGGAGAAGUGGCUGACAGAACACUGCACCCAAAUGUGUGUCUGCAAGAAAGGUGGUGAAGUAACCUGCAUGGACUCUGGCUGUGGAUUGAACGAGGUCUGCAGUUUGAGGAGGAAUGGACAAUACACCUGCAAUCCCACCGGGUUCAGCAAGUGCACUGUUGGGGGAAGUCCGUACUAUUUGGCUUUUGAUGGUUGGUUCCAUCACUUUGCUGGCGAGAAUGAAUACACUCUGGCAGAAACAACUGGCAUUCCUGACAGGCUGCAGGAGUUCAGGAUUCUUGGCAAAAAUGCACCUCGGAAUGAGAAGCAAAUCAUUAUUGAAGUCUACGGCCACACUGUUCAGUUGCAAGAAAAGCGAAGACUUGUGGUGGAUGGUGAAAUGGUGAAGCCUCCGAUUCAGCUUGACGAUGGUCUGCAGAUUUACCAACGAUCCUACAGGCUUCACCUGGAGACAGACUUUGGGCUCGCUGUCAGUUUUGAUAAGAAAGCUCACGCAGAUAUCACUCUGCCCAAUAACUACAUUAAAUGGGUUCGAGGAUUGUGCAGUAAUUUUGAUGGAACGAUUACAAAUAAUCUCAUGCAGUCAGAUGGAACAAGAAAUACGGAUGCAAAUUCUUCUGGUAAAAGUUCAGGAGUUGUCAAAAGUAGACCUGGAUCUGGAAGACCAGCAGCGGCAGAUGGACAGAGGUCCUCAUGGAAACAUCCCACCAGCGAUGAAAAUGUGGAAACAGGCGUUGGAUUUGACUUGCAUUGUAGCGAAAGGGAACUGAGGCUCAUAGACAGCAAUAGUUAUUGUGGAAUAAUUUCUGACACUGAUGGACCAUUCAGCAACUGCCACAGAAUCAUCUCUCCAGAACAGUACCGACUGAACUGCAUCUUCAGUUUAUGUUCAGUACGGAAUUUCACUGAGGUGCUCUGUUUUAACCUGGAACAAUAUGCCUUGCACUGCCAAGAACAAGGAGUCGCUCUGGGAGAAUGGAGGAAAGACAGUCGCUGUGAGAUGGUGUGUCCAGACAAUAGCCAAUACAACAUGCAGAUGUCGUCCUGUCCUGCUUCCUGUGCUAACCUUGGUGCCCCCUCAGAGUGUGAAUCACCCACCGUAGAGGGCUGUGACUGUCUGCCAGGCUUUGUACUCAGUGAUUUCCACUGUGUCCCCUACAAAUCAUGUGGAUGCACUUAUCGAACCAAGUAUUAUGAGGUCGGGGAAAAGUUUAUCACUGAAGAUUGUUCCGAAACUUGUGAGUGUGUCAAUACUGGAACAGUGAACUGCACGGGAAUGCGUUGUGCUCCUGGCACCACUUGUACCAUCGCUAAUCAUGCCAGAGGAUGCUUCUGAUGAAAGGACGUAUGUUGUUCAUUUAAAGCAAGGAAAUACAGAUCUACUGGAUGAGAGGAGUUUACAAGAUUUCAGCAAGCUAUUGUAUUUUUUAUGAUUGUCAAUGGUAGUGAUAAAAUAAUCUGAAAUUUUUAAUAAAAAGAACCUAUUUGCCAUUCCUACAUUUGUUGAGAUAUCUGCAUGUUUAAAUAUUAAUCUACAAAUUGUUUGUAAUCUUUUACAACAAUUGCUUAUGAAUCCAAAUUGGUCAAUUAUUUUGAAUACA